AUGAAUUAUGAUCAAAAUAGCAAAGACUGGUCCAGGCGGCUCAAUCGAGAAGCCGCGGCCGAACCAAGCGGAACGGCGGCCGAGGAACAUCCGUCCUGCGGUCGGCCAACAUCCGAACAUCAUCUGUCCCGCGCUGAACAACGGACGAGCCCAUGUACCGAUCCGGGAAGCAUCGUCCCGCGGUCGGCCAAACCAGAAUCACGCAGCCGAAGCCGCGCACGACCGUACCGCGCGAACCGGGAAGCAUCGCCUCGCGGCCGUGCGGCACAACUCACGUACCGCGGCCGAUCACGCCAUCCGACCAGGAAGGCCUCGUCCCAUGUCCGACCGAAUCCUUCGACCAAUAUCAUUCGUCCGGCCGAACCCGACGAACGAACGCGAAAACUCUCGGCCAUGAUCGACCCGACCGUGCCGAUAGCCGGCCGAACGUCCCGACCGACCGUCCGAACGGUCCGGUCGACCUGA